ACGCUGACUCCUCGCGAGAUCGUACGUCACUUUAAGCGCGUAGUUUAUUGUUGGCGGAAAAAGUUCUGUCAAAGUUAAACAAAAGCAUUUUACUCGCCUUCGGUACUAAGAAACGUUUACAUUUAAUUUUAGACUUGAUAAAGAAACAGUUAAUGUCUCUGUGAUGGAUUAAUGAACCCAUUCUGUUCGAUGCUGCAUCGUCCAACAACCAAGUGAAGCGAUGGCGUUUUCUCCUGUCUGCUCUGAAGACAUCAGCUCAGAAGGAUGCAUUCUGAAAUCGGACACAGCUAAGAAGAAAAGAAAAAUUUCAAAAGAUGUGGAGUUGGACAUAGAGAUCCUGUACAAAGCAGUCCCUCAGCUUGCCAAGGUGUUUCGCAUCACAGACAAAAUUGGAGAAGGCACAUUCAGCUCAGUGUACUUGGGCGUGGCGCAGAUGCGCGAUGGGAGGACGGAGAUGUUUGCGUUGAAGCACCUCAUCCCAACCAGCCAUCCGACACGCAUCGCUGCUGAACUUCAGUGUCUGACUGUGGCAGGUGGCAGGGAGAACGUGAUGGGACUGACGUACUGCUUCAGGAAGGAGGACCAUGUGGUGAUUGUAAUGCCCUACAUGGAGCAUCAAGCUAUUGUGGACAUCAUCGGCUCCCUGAGCUUUGAGGAGGUCCGCCUGUACAUCUACCACCUGCUGAAGGCUCUGAAACACAUCCACCAGUUUGGGAUCAUUCAUCGGGACAUUAAACCAAACAACUUCCUCUACAACAGGAAGCAGAAAAAGUAUGCGCUAGUGGACUUUGGCUUGGCCCAGGGCACCGCCGACACCCAGAUUGAGCUGCUGAAAGUGGUGAGACAGAAGCCAACGCAGAAGGGUGGAGGGCCUUCAGGGAAACAGGAAGCUGCACAAAGAAACAAAGCACCUCCUAAAGCCCCUCUCAGUAUCACCGGCACAGCUCCAACCUCACUACCUCCACAGCAAUCAGUGCCUUCUUCUUCCUCCUCGCCCUCCACUUCCUGCGUCACCUCGUCCCCCUCGGCCGCCGGGAAAGCACUGGUUAAAAAGUCUCGGUCCACCUCCACCUCCUACUCUCGAACAAAACUCACCAAGGACCUGGCAGGUCUGCGCAAAGUUCCUCGGCCGGUGUUUGGAGAGAGGAAUCUGAACAGCUGCACACCAGCGCCCCCUACCUGUAAACAAGCUGCACUUAAGACUGAGUUGGUAAAGGCCAAGAAAACUGAGGGUACAUCCAGCUACAAAAGCCCUUCAGCCAAUCAGGGCCUCCUGCCUGCCAGGACGGCCAGCGGCAGUCAGAAAGCACAGAGGACCAUACAGCAGGGCCUGACAUGCAGCUGCUACCUCACCGACCGAGUCUGCAACGUCUGCUUGGCCAGAAAGCCACAGGUAGCGCCCAGAGCGGGGACUCCGGGUUUUAGAGCUCCAGAAGUGCUGACAAAAUGUCCCAACCAAGGCCCAGCCAUAGACGUGUGGUCCGCCGGCGUGGUCCUGCUCUCGCUCCUCAGUGGCCGUUACCCUUUCUUCAAAGCCAGCGACGAUCUGAUUGCACUCACACAGAUCAUGACCAUCAGAGGCUCCAGGGAGACGAUUCAGGCAGCAAAGACGUUUGGAAAAGCAGUGAUGUGCAGUCGGGAGCUUCCUCGCCAGGACCUGAGGACGCUCUGUGAGACGCUUAGAGGAAGCACGUCUUCAGCAGACGACGACGCCCGGGGUCCAGAGGCUGGAACUGCCACCCAUGAAAAUACGACCCAGGAUGACACGCCGACACAUCGGCCCGGUGGUCCUAAACCAAAGCAACGCCUCAGGAAACACAAAGAAGGCAGCGACACUCCUCCUGAACACCUAGACUGUUCAGCUAGCCUCAAAGGCCCAGCCAAUCAUAGCUCCCUGUCAGACGGUUAUCAGGAGAAGGGCUGGGACACGGUUCCUGACGAGGCCUACGACCUGCUGGACCAGCUACUGGACCUGAACCCUUCUACUAGGAUCACAGCCGCUGAAGCUCUGCAGCACCCGCUCUUUAAGGGUUUGUGACGCCGCCAUUCUGCUCUCCAGACAGGGAUUUAUAAUCUAUAAGUAGUUCAUAUGAUUAUUUAGCAGCUAAGUGUUAUAUAGAAGUAAAGAAGGUAUCUGCAUGGUGGCAGAUAUGAAUGAAAUGUUGACAGAAAUAAAGUAAGUUUGCCUUCCAGGUGCUGCAGAUCAGUCAGGGCAUGACGUAGACCUUCCAGAUGUUUGCAAAACUUUUAUAUCAACUUUGUUUACUUGUGUUCAAGAUGCUGUGACACGUUCUGAAAAUGUAAAUGAAAUUUAAAAAGGGCUUUUAAUUUGAAGACGUGUUACUGUGAGCUGCUUUUGUGGACUUAUAUUUAUUGACAUUGAAAACGAUACAGAAUGGCUCCUUUUUGAAAUAAAAUAUUGUUCUCUUAGAA